AAAAGGAAACUAUGAAUUUUUUUUUUGAAAAAAAAAUCUUAAUUAAAAACAAAAAACUUUUUAAUUGACAUGUCAUUUAAAUUAUGACAGCGAUCUUUUUUUAUUUUUUAAAUCACAAGUUGAAUUUUAGUAAACAAAAUUUUUAUUCCUUUUUCCCUUUAAUUUAAACAUUUUUCUAUAAAGAAAAUUAAUCAAAUAAAAAAUUAAACGCCAUUUUAAAAUUGACAAAUGAGAAUCGAAUUAAUAUUUAUGUUUUUAUGUGAUUAGAAUUAAGUUAGGUUAAAUAAAUAUUAUAAUUAAUUUCAUUAGUUAAUUAAUAUUUAACAAGUAAAAUUAUGUCUGAUCAAUCGAAAGAAAAUAAAUCAAAAUCUCUUCCGCCUUUUAUAAACUUUCUUAAUGCUGGAUUAUCCGGUAUAUGUGCAACUUGUGUGGUACAUCCCACUGAUGUGGUUAAAAAUCGAAUGCAAAUCAGUACGCAAACAAUUUCGAUACGAAAAACUUUUUUACAUAUUCUUCGUAAUGAGAGAAUAAUUAAUUUUUAUGAUGGCUUAUCUGCUAGUUUGGUGAGACAAUCAACUUAUACUACAACUCGAUUGGGCGUUUACAAUCAGCUUCAAGAUAGUUGGAGAGAAAAUUACACGAGUAAGCCAAAUUUUUUUAUUUUAUCUACAAUGGCUGCAAUAGCUGGUGGAUCUGGUGCUUUUAUUGGAACUCCAGCUGAUCUUGCAUUAGUGAGAAUGACCACCGAUGGACGACUACCUCCAGAUCAGAGAAGAAAUUAUAAAAAUGUGGUAGAUGCAUUUAUAAGAGUGGCGAAGGAAGAGGGAAUAAUAAAUUUAUGGAGAGGAAGUGUCGCAACAAUGGGAAGAGCUGUUAUUGUUAAUAUUUCACAAUUAGCUACUUACAGUCAAACAAAAGUUCUAAUUAAUUCCGAAUUAAACGUGUCAGAGGGAUUUUUACUUCACGUGUACUCGGCAAUGGUUUCCGGUUUGGUUACUUCGUUUAAUUCAAUGCCAUUUGACAUUGCAAAAACACGGAUACAGAAUUUAAAAGAUGUUAAAAAACCACCGACAAUGUUAAAAGUUAUCAUAAAUAUUGCAAAAAAUGAAGGGAUAAUGGCCCUUUGGAAAGGAUUUGUGCCGACUUAUUGCAGAAUAGGACCUCAUACGAUAAUUACUUUUGUAUGUAAUGAACAAUUUGCUAAUAUUUACAGAACUCAUUUUUCUAAAUAAUUUCUCAUUGAA